AUGGUCAAGAAGGGUGCCGUCAAAGGAAUGGACAUAAUAGGAAAUUGCUUACCCCCUGAAUCAAAAUGUGGUCCGUGUAUGCGCGGCAAACAAACUCGCGCGCUGUUUACCAAGUCCCAAAAUCAUGCGUCCAAAAUACUCAAACUCUUGCACAUUACAAUUGAUGACAAGUCUCAAAUGAUAUUUGUUCAUAUCCUAAAAGGCAAGAGCAAAUUUGCGUUGCGGUUCAAGGAGGUCAAAAUAUCACUCAAAAAUUUAAUUGGAAAGAAAAUCAAAAAGCUAUGUACAGAUGGUGGUGGCAAAUUCCAAUCCAAAGUUUUCAAAGAAUGGUUGAAGUCAAACAGAAUCCAGCAUCAAGCAUGGGCGCGCGUACCUGACAAUAAAGAAACAAAGCUACAAGCACAAUCAAUUGAAUGUCAGUACUUAGGAUUUGCGCCGAAUCAAAAAGCCCACGUACUUAUUGAACAAGCAAACGGCCAAAUAAUAACAUCACAAGACAUUGUUUUUGACAAGGGUGACAAGCCAUGCCAACAAAUAAUUAUCAAAGAUUUUGACGAGCUAGAUUGGAACGCCAAGCAAGUGGGCAAUGUAGAGAAACAGCUGAAGUCUGAAGUCAAAGAGAUUGGAAUAUCAGUCUCAAAACAAGAAGACAAGGCUAUUGAGCACAAACCAUUGGAGCCAAAGUUUGAAACACCUGCCACAUUGCCCCCACAAUCCCAAGCGCCCUCUCCCAAGGCUUGUGAGACAACACCAGCACCUCCUGUACAACCUUGUUGCUCCACUCAAGCUACUUGUCUGCUGGAACAAUACGGAGCUAGGACCAACAAACACGCCAAAUAUGCCUAUACGUCAGUAACCAACAAACCGCCUAAGUCAUUUAAAGAGGCAAUGGAAAGGCCAGACUUUCACCUAUGGUUAGCCGUGAUGAUCAAAGAAAUUGAUUUGAUUACCAAACAUGGAGUCUGGAAGCAAGCCGCUUGCCCAACAGACAAGAACGUUGUGGAAUUUGCCAGCCAAAACCUCAAGCUCCUACAACUCAACAUCAAGACCGCAUUUCUCCAUGGCAAUCUUGAUGAAGAAAUCUACAUGGAGCAACCAGAAGGUUUCUGCAAUAAUGACAGAUCAGUAUGGCGGCUUGUAAAAGCGUUAUACGGACUGAAACAGGCCGCGCAAGCCUUUUACUUGCGUCUCCGCAAAGUACUUGUGAGUAUUGGCUUCACCAGAUGCAAGACCAACCACGCCGUCUUUUGGCAAAGGGAAGGGGAUAAGCUAGCAAUAAUAUUAGCGCACGUUGAUGAUAUGUUGCUUGCAGGCACACCAAAAUUGUACCUCAAAGACAUUAAAGUUGAUCUAGCUAAAUCUUUUGACAUAGUUGAUUUGGGAGAGGCUCAAAUGUUUGUCAGAGUCAAAAUUACAAGGGAUUGUAAGCUAGGGACGUUAAAAAUUUCACAACGCCAGUAUAUUGACAACAUCCUUAAACAAUUUGGGAUGGAAGAAUACAAAUCAUGCAUUACGCCAAUGGCAGAAUCUCUGAAUUUGCCAAAGCUCAACUUGCCUAGUAUCAAUUGGACUCUGUACCAGCAAGGCGUUGGUUCUCUUAUGUACGCCAUGAUCUCAACUUGGCCCAACAUUGCAUAUGCUACGGGACUACUUGCCCAACAUGCCGCUAACCCCGGAAAGGAACACUGGUCAGCUUUAUUACAAGUACUGCAAUAUUUACAAGGUACAAAAGAUCUUGGAAUUGUAUACAACCGCUUGAAGAAGAUGGAGCUCACAGGAUUUGUUGACACGGACUACGCUGGUGACCCACAUACUAGUUGA